AAGCUGAGUUGGGGCUCGGAUACCGUACGCUCCGCACUGCAGCAGUGUGCUCUUGCUCUGGCUGGGCCGAAUUUUUCCAAAGAUAAGAGGGAGAGGGGUGGGGAAGAAAGGCUGCCCUGAGGACACCUCUCACAUGCAGAACAUGGAGAAUCAACCAGCAGUGACCAGUGCAGAGGUAGAGAAAUCAGCAUCCCCAUCAGUGGCUCAGUUAGCAGGAAGGUUCAAAGAGCAAGCAGCUGCCAUUUCUGGAAAGGAGGUACCACCCAGUAGACCAACCAGGAGGAAACCACCAUGCUCUCUUCCCUUACACAUCCACAAAGUGGAGGGAGGCCAAAAUAAUGAGCAAAAGACAUCUCCAAAUGCUGGUCCACUUCCCAAGGUCAAGGUGAAAAGCUCUCCCCUGAUUGAAAAACUGCAGGCCAAUCUGGCAUUUGCUCCAGCUGCACUGCUGCCAGGUGCAUCUCCAAAGAGUCCAGGUCUGAAAGUCAUGCCAUCUCCAUUUAGCACUCCCCCUUCAACUCCCAGCAGCCCAGGUAUUCAGUCCCGUUCCAGUGAGUCAGAUGAAGCACCAGUCAGCUUUGAUCAACCACCAGAGGGCACUCACUUGCAAACCUAUAACAAGGUGCGGACAAGAGGAUCAAUAAAGCGCAGACCUCCCUCCAGGAGAUUCCGAAAGUCUCUAUCAGACUAUGGAGAUGGUGAAGAGUUAGGGGCAACUGUUUCAUCUCAAGAAAAUGGUGCAAAAGAAGAGAAUGGUGAUGAGGUGUUUGCACCCAAGGGUAAAACAGAUGAGCCAGAAACAGAGAGCAAAGCAAUGCAGAAACAGAUUGGAUCUGAUGAAAAGUCUCCAUCAAGGAGAAGAUCCUUCAGGACAGAAAGUAAAGAUGAGAGAGAAAAGCAAGCAGGGGAAACAGCCCCUUGCAAGAGCAGCACAGAAGAGGAAAUGGUGACCCAUCACAAGAGCAGCACAGGAGAGGAGGAAGGGAAAUCAGAUAAGAGUAAUGCUGAGACCUUGUGCCAGGUGGCUGUGGAAGACAAGGAAGAGAAGGUGUGCAAGAGCACUGUGGGGGAAAAGGAGGAUGACAGUGUCUGUGAACCUGAUAAGAGGGACAAAGAAAAGGAAGAGGUGGAGAAGAAGGAAGUUGAGAGCAAUGAUACACAGGAAAAAUCAGAUAUCCAGGAAAAGGACUCAGAGCCUGGGACACUGCAGCUGGCAGCAAGCACAGACACCGCCAGUGAGAAGCCGAGUGUGACACCAACACAAGAACUGGGCACUGAAUAAAUACGAUGCAGGAAGAAAAAAUCAGGACACAGGAGACAUCUGAAGAGGAGCCAAAAAGUCCAAUUAAGGUGUACCUACUGAAGGACCCUUUCCUGCCAGAAC